UCAGUUGGAGGACGAACUUUCGCAUGCUGAAGAACAUGGCUACGGACAAGUUGCCCGAUAUCCGCGAGCUUAGUAAAGUGGUUGAACCCCACUUUUCAGGGGCCCGCCUCCUUAACUAUCAGACGAGCAAGCUGACGAAACCGGGCGAUAACUACGGAAGCGUUCUUCUGGCAAUUCAUGCCCAGCUGCAGAAAUCCAAUGGCGAGCAGUUUGAGGAGCAGCUGGUGGCUAAAGUGCCCCCUUCCGACCCCAAGUACUGGCAGUUUUUCCAGCCUGAGCGGACUCGCCUCGCAGAGAACGCUGUUUACAAGAUUCUGGCCCCUGCCCUGGCUGUCCUUCAAGAUGAAGCCGGCGUUCCUUCCGAGAGCCACUUUAAAGGAUUCCCCCGCUUCUAUGGCUGUCGCGAGUCCCUCGAUUCCUACUCCUCGAAGGUGGACCAUAAUGCCGUGUUAGUGCUGGAGAACUUGCGCAGCAGUGGCUACGUCUCCGGCCAGAGGCUAAAAGCUUUCGAUAUGGCCCAUACGCUGCUAGCCCUUGAGUAUAUGGCCGAGUUCCACGCCCUUCCUCUGGCUCUGCGAACUCUCAAGCCAGAGGUGUUCCGGGAACAGGUCCAGCCCUUCUUCAAGAAGUUCGACUGGCAUGCUAAAGCGCCCGAGUGGAAGUCCGUAAUGAAGGCAGAGACUCUGGAGGACAUCCGUCGAGCCACCAACAACGAUUCCAGACUGGUAGCCCGUAUGAAAGAGUUGUCCGACCAAUUCUUUGAAUUCUUAGCUGCCGCUCCAGACAGACCCGAUGGGCCAUUUACCAGCAUUAUACACUGUGACUUCUGGAUAAACAAUUUGAUGUUUCGUUACGGGCCUUCAGGAACACCCACCGCGCUGAAAAUUAUCGACUUUCAGACGGCACAGUACGAUUCAGUGGUGCAUGACAUAAUCUCGUUCUUGCUAUCAAGCGUUGAUACGGCUAUCUUGGAGAUAGAGUUCGAACACAUGUUGGAAGCCUACUAUGAGGCCUUUGAGUGUUGUCUGCGCCGUGUGGGAGUAGAUUUGGAGGUUCACACUUUCGAGGCGUUCCGCCAGGAAGUGAAGCGGGUGGCGUACAUACAAGUUCCCCACGUAAUCUUCAUGACGCGCUUCAUAUUGGCUGACAGCCCAGUGGUCGAUGAUGCGGAGACUGAGGAAAUCCCCACGCUUACGGACGUGCUGAAGAACACGGGAUCGGAGCGUAUUAGCCGCAAGUUAAGCCAAAUUCUGAACUUGGCCCAGAAGUUUGACAUAUUGUACUAGCCCAAUAAACUGAUGCGAAAAUUGGAAUGGAAA